UACUUUCAUUUUGAACAGAAGCAAAGAAAAAUGUAUGAUGAUUAUCAUUCUCAUAAAAAUUACAUUACACCUCAUUUCAUGGACCAUUGUAGGCCUACGUACAAAAGGUGAAUCACUGAAUAGGCUACAUGGGUAUGAAGUACUGAAACUACAAGACAUUUUGUUAAUAGGACAAAAAGAUAUUAAAUUACCCAUUUUAGACAGCUAUCAUUGGAUGAAGUUUAUAGCCUUUCAGAGAAAUUUUGAUAUAAAGCUGACUAAAUCCAGUGUAGUUACGCCAUCACUAGAGGUCAUAACUGUUAAUGGGGAUGGAUCUGAGAGGAAAACCUUGUUACAACAUACCCACUACUACACAGGUAUUCUGACAGAUGAUCCACAGUCACUCUGCACAGUGUCAAUAGACCCAGAUGGUGUAUUAGCUCACAUUGUGACAGGAGAAGAAGAAUUCAUCAUUGAACCAGCAUGGCGUCUGAGUCAUAAAUAUUUGAAUUCCACAGACAUGAUAGUUUACAGAAAGUCAGAAGUGAAAAAUCUUUCCCAUAAUCACACAUUAGAAUGUCAAGGCAGCUAUGGUUUGGGGAAAAUGAAUCAUUCCAAAAUAAAAAAUUUCCAAGGUUUUCAGCCAUCUUUUCGUCAUCGGAGAGAUGCUAACCUUGGUAAUAGGAAAGUGUGUCGUGUUUUACUGGUAGCUGAUCAUUACUUCUACACUGGUAUUGGAGGAGGGUCUAUUCCAAGCACUCAAAACUACAUGAUCAAUGUGAUCAGUCAAGUUAACGAGAUAUUUAAGAAAACUUCCUGGGGCGAGGGAGCCAUAGGACUGGGACUGGAAAUCAGCAAGCUGAUUGUUCAUGAAAGUUCUUCAGAUGCAGGCUUUAACAUGAAAAGUCGCUCAAUGACAAUGGAGGAUUUACUGAAAGCAUUUGGGAAGGCUUAUUACAGUCAACACAGUCAGUACUGUCUCAUGCAUCUUCUGACCUUUUCACCAUUUAAUGGGAAGCUAGGCCUGGCCUACGUGGCUUCCAGCCGACCGUUUGACUGGGGAGGGAUGUGUUCCAAUGCUGACACCUGGAGCAAGGAGGCACUCAAUGUCGGUUUGUCAUCCUUCAUGGAUCCAGAGGGAAAUAGACAGUUAUCCAUUGUUUCUAUGUCAACUGUUGCCCAUGAAAUUGGUCACAACUGGGGCAGUAACCAUGACCCCGACACGGAUGAGUGCUCACCCUCCUCAGGAUCUGGGGGGAGGUACCUUAUGUUCUCCAAGGCAUUGAAGGGUGUGGCUAGAAACAAUAUAAAAUUUUCCCCGUGUAGUACCAGAUCUGUGUACAAAGUUUUAUCAGCAAAGGGAGACAAGUGUUUAACAGAACCAAGAGAAGGUGUUGGAUUGUGUGGGAAUGGUAGAAUAGAUAUCGGGGAAGCGUGUGACCCUGGCAGUCAUCCUGAUGGAUGUUGUGACAGCACCUGUCAAUUGGCUGGGGAUGCAGUCUGCAGCCCUAUGAAUUUUGCCUGCUGUACAGGAAACUGCAAGUUAGCUAGUAACCAGACGGAGUGUCACCUUGCUCUAGAUGAUGACAGUGACUGUUUGGGAGUAAGUAGGUGCAAUGGAAUUGACUUUAUCUGUCCGCAACCUCCUCCUAAAAGCAAUCAGUCUUGUAUUGACAAUGGAGUGUGUCAGGGUGGUGUUUGUGUGGGUUUCUGUGAGAGACAUGGACAGCUGCCAUGUGUCUGUAGCGAUGAGUCAGGAAACUCUUGUAAACAGUGCUGUAAGAAGGCUGAAAACUUAGAAUGUACACCAUAUCCAGGAGCAGGGGCUCUAUCUGAUGGACAGAUAUGUGUUCAUGGCUUUUGUAAACAGGGUACUUGUGUGAAAUCUUCACUACCAGCAGAGAGGCUUUGGAAAGUUGUUUUGCAGCAGAUAAGAAACUCAUUUGAUGAAUUCAUGAGAAACAACAUUGUGUUCUUUGUGACAUUAUUCACGCUCAUUGUUUACAUUCCGGCAGCAAUCCUCGUGGGUAGAUAUGAUAAAAAAGAAGAAGAGACUGAUCGUCGUCGCAGAGGAAGGAUGACCAAAAAGAGUAAAAAUGUAUUGCUCAACGGUACUGGUGAAAUUCGUGAGAUUCUGAAUCCAAUAAGUGUGGCAGCUCGACAUAGACUGAGGACACCUAGGACCUCCAUAUCCCAACAUCACUCUGCAGGACCUUCUCCAAGUUCUACAGAGGUCAUUCAGCCUUCCCAUCAGCCCUCAGUCUCUCAGCCGUACCUUAGACGAGUAGUAGAGGAUGAUCCCUUCAGUAAACUGCCAGGAACUUACGUGUGAUGAAAAACUAACAAUG